UGCCCUGUUGGCAUGGAUUACUGGUUCAUGGGUCCCAGAUGUGACCACAGGAUGACUCGGCAGAGCUUGAUUGGAAUAGUGUUUGGUGUCAUACUCAGUGUCCUGUUGGUCAUGACAGCUGUUGCAGUCGUCGUCCUGAGGAGGUUCAAGAUCUUGUUGAUUGAAGCUAAAAUCGAUCAGACAAAGAGCAGUUACAAGCGCUUCAGUCAGUUUGAUGAUUUCUCCAGUCAAUACCACUCACAGUCCUGGCUCAACUACUCAGUCAGUUCUUUGAACAAUCCUGGCUUCAGUAAUUCUGAUGAACUAGUCCACCUGCAGAUGUUGGACAGCAGUUACCAUUCUUGUCAUGAGGAGUCUCUGACUGGUAUCUACAGCAGCUGGAGGACAACUCCACAUGGUCACUUCAGGCACAGUUUACAAAACAAUUUGGACAUCAGUAUCAACAGCAUCAAUGAGCUUGCUGGGGACUCUGGGAAAGACAGUGAUUUAUCCAUUUACAGCUGGCCUACAGAUCCUCUCCAGUGGUCACCCUUUCCAAUCUUGUACCAGCUGAGCAGGGACAAGCCUUUUACAGCUCAGAGACCUCGUUCAUACUGUGAAGGAAUGGAACUAGUAAGCUUGGAAAAAAACUGGACAGCAUGAAAACAUGAGAAAGUCAUCCUUUUCCUGAAGGUCAGGAACGUUUUCCUCUACUUGGA